AUGCGGCAGCUAUUUCUGAAAGCGAGGAAGUUCGAUAUUGAAAAGGCAAAACAUAUGUGGUCUGACAUGCUACAAUGGAGGAAAGAGUUCGGCGCGGACACUAUUAUGCAGGAUUUUGUGUUCGAAGAGUUAGAUGAAGUUGUGAAGUAUUAUCCACAUGGUCAUCAUGGCAUUGAUAAGGAGGGAAGGCCUGUUUAUAUUGAAAGACUUGGAAAAGUUGAUCCAAACAAACUUAUGCAAGUUACAACUAUGGAUAGGUACGUCAGGUACCAUGUGCAAGAGUUUGAGAAAGCUUUUGCAGUAAAGUUUCCGGCUUGUACUAUUGCUGCGAAGAGACACAUUGAUUCUAGCACCACGAUCUUAGAUGUUCAAGGAGUGGGUCUUAAGAACUUUACAAAGUCUGCCCGUGAACUUGUUACGCGAUUGCAGAAAAUUGACGGUGACAAUUAUCCUGAGACCCUUUGCCAGAUGUUUAUUAUAAAUGCUGGGCCUGGAUUUAGGCUGUUGUGGAACACUGUCAAAUCUUUUCUCGAUCCAAAAACAACUUCCAAGAUUCAUGUUCUUGGAAACAAGUAUCAAAGCAAAUUGCUUGAAGUAAUAGAAGCCAGUGAGUUGCCAGAAUUUCUGGGAGGUACUUGCACCUGUGCAGAACAGGGAGGUUGCCUUAGAUCUGAUAAAGGGCCCUGGAAAAAUCCUGAAAUAUUCAAGAUGGUUUUCAAUGGUGGAGCAUGGCGGUCAAAACAAGUUGUAAAAGUUCUUAACAACGAAAGAAAGGUUAUUGUGUAUGCUAAGCCAGGAUACCCAAUGGUAAAAGGAAGUGAUACAUCCACUGCUGAAUCAGGGUCAGAAGCUGAAGAUAUAUCCUCUCCGAAAGCAAUGAGGAGUUAUUCACACCUUAAGCUGACCCCUGUUCAUGAGGAAGCUAAGAUAGUUGGAAAAACAAGCUAUGCCAAUAACUUGUCUGGAUACGAUGAAUAUGUUCCAAUGGUAGACAUACCUGUUGAUGCUGGUUGGAACAAGCAAGCGUCCCUACAGAGGUCUUACACCUCAAAAGGAGCUUCUUCUCUUCCUGUCACUCAAAAAACUCCAGAAGGAUUUCAAGCUCGUAUUUGGGUAGCACUGUCUGUCUUCUUCUUGACUGUAUUAACUCUUUUACGUCAAGUUGCAUACCCUGUGACCAAGAAAUUUCCUGCAUUAUCAUCUAAUGAUGAUAAGAGCACUUCAGAACCACCUACUGAUACAACAAACAUGGAAUUUCUUCCUCCUUCCUCAACACCACCAUGUACAGAAGAAAAUCUCCUUCCCUCCAUGCUGAAAAGGUUAGGUGAGCUUGAAGAGAAGGUUGACACACUCCAAUCUAAACCAUCAGAGAUGCCUUAUGAGAAAGAAGAGUUGUUGAAUGCUGCAGUAUGCCGGGUGGAUGCUUUGGAAGCUGAGUUAAUUGCCACUAAAAAGGCUCUGUAUGACGCAUUAAUGAGACAAGAAGAGCUGCUUGCUUACAUCGACAGACAAGAAGAAGCCAAGUCGCGGAAAAAGAAGUUUUGCUGGUGA